GGGGCUUGUUUGGGCGAGAGUCCCCCGGCGCGUCUCCCCGCGUUCUAGAACGCGCGCCCGAGAGUUCCAUUUCGGGGGAAAGUUCGCCUCGCCGCGUUCCAAAGCUUUGAUCGCAGGCAUGACGCAGCCCGAGUUGUUAGGUGACCAGAACUCGAUGACCAUGACUGGGGCUAGAACUCUUUAGGAUCUAUCUGGGGCAGCAGUGUGAAAGCGGAAAUCCGUCCAAGAGCGUCUUUAGAGCUGGCUGAAGGAAAGAAGGAAUUGCUGCUGCCGAUCACAGGGCUACCAUGGCUAGCAGGAGGAAAUCAACCGUUCCCUGUAUGGUGCGGGCGACUGAAGCUGUGGUGCAAGAGGGCUCCAAGGACUCUAUAGCGGGAAAAUUAGCCGGCCUACCAGAGCAGGACUCGGGAGAUGGUUGGUCCGCCAUUAAAGAGAAUUGCGAGAACGACUGCGAAGUGAUUGAGGGGAAAUCUUCCCCGGCCAAUCCCGUAAAGAAACUCUUGGGUGGUUACGAAUGUAAGUACUGCCCCUACUCCUCGCAGAACUUGAAUGAGUUCACGGAGCACAUAGACACCCAGCACCCCAAUGUGAUCCUCAACCCUCUCUAUGUAUGUGCAGAAUGUAACUACAAAACCAAAAAGUAUGAUUCUUUAUCCGAACACAACGCAAAACUCCACCCUGGAGAGAGCAACUUUAAGCUUAAGUUAAUGAAGCUCAAUAAUCAGACUAUCCUAGCGCAGUCCAUUGAGGUAUCGAACAACCCAGUUGCUGCUGAAAUCUCUGAGAUCGAGGUAGAUCCCUUUGGGGCAAGCGUUCCGAAUAAAGUGACUCCAAAUGUGAACACUGGAAAGUCCAAAGGGGAGGCUAAAAAGGCUUCCCUAGACAACCACAUGGACGGGUUCCGCCAUCUUCUCACGGAAACCAGCGAGCCUAUCGCGUGUAUUAAUGCAGCGGAGCUCCUUCAGGAUGUACUUGCUCAUGUAAUGCCCUCUGUACAGCUCCCACCAAAUAUCAACCUGGUUCCCAAAGUCCCCGUACCGCUGAAUACUACCAAAUACAAUUCUGCACUGGACACUAAUGCAACCAUGAUCAGUUCCUUCAACAAAUUUCCAUACCCUACACAGGCUGAGUUGUCGUGGCUCACAGCGGCGUCCAAACACCCAGAGGAACAGAUCCGAAUUUGGUUCGCCACUCAGCGCUUGAAGCAUGGCAUCAGCUGGUCUCCAGAAGAGGUGGAAGAGGCGAGGAAGAAGAUGUUCAAUGGCACCAUCCAGCCAACUGUGCCCCAGACCAUCACUGUCCUGCCGGCUCACGUCACCCCUGCAAAAAUGCCGCAGCCAAUUAUCCAAACAGCCGUGCCUUGUCAGAUACUCGGUCAGACCGGCCUGGUUUUGACGCAAGUGUCAAAUGGAUCAAACAUUACGCCGAUUACGCUUGCUGUCGCUGCCAGCCAAGGGCAGAAACGGUGUGCUCAGAACCAGCCUGCUACCCCAGAAGUGAAACGUCCCCAUGUUGUCCCCACGGAAACCCCAGCAAAACAAAACCCUCCUGCUCCCCCUGCAGUUACACCUACAGUGCCAUCACUGCCAUCACCCGCUAUGCCACUGGUCUCACCAAAUGACCGCAAGAAGACCAAGGAACAGAUAGCCUCUCUGAAAGCGAGCUUUCUCGUCAGCCAGUUUCCCGACAACGCAGAAAUAUACAGGCUUAUCGAAAUCACGGGCCUCGCCAGAAGUGAGAUCAAGAAGUGGUUCAGUGACCACCGAUACCGAAGUCAAAGGGGAAUUGUCACCAUCACGAGCGAAUCCAUAGCCAAGGACCAGGUCGCUCUGGCAGCUGCACGGCAGGGACAUACGUAUGACCUCCCCUUAGACUUAAUGACCCAGACGUUCAAAGACAAAAGCCAAGAGCAGCUCGGAAUCCUCGAAGAAAGCUUCCUGAAGAGCUCUUUCCCAACCCAGAACGAGCUGGAAAGGCUUAGGACUGAAGCCAAGAUGAACAGAAAGGAGGUGGAUUACUGGUUUGCUGAGCGGAGGAAGCUCAGAGAUAACAUGGAACAAGCGGUCUUGGACUCAAUGGGAUCAAGCGUGAAGAGUCAAGAAGAAGGAACUUCCAAUGGUGCCGUGAGUCAAACGGAGCAGUUGAACAUCUCCCAAGCACCACCAUCUUUGUCCAGGUGCCCCCCAGCAUUUGCCGCAAAUAGCCAAGAGCAGGCCCACUUACUAAAAAGUACAUUUGCGAGAACUCAGUGGCCAUCACCGCAAGAGUACGAUGAGUUGGCAGCUCAGACGGGACUCACUAGGACUGAAAUAGUUCGCUGGUUCAAGGAGAACAGGAGCUCGCUAAGAUCCGGGACGUUAAAAUGGCUGGACCAAUACCAGCAGCAGUAUGGCCUCGAUGGCUUCAAAGACACAAAAGGGGCCAUCCCUGUUGCUGGUACAAAGCUCGGUAGCAAUGUGGCUCAACAGGCCCACAAGGAAUUUCUGAAGAUGGGGAAGCUCAACAGGGAAGGAAUGGACAGAUCGGAAUGCAGUAGCCAGGACAGCCAGGGCCACGAGGAUACCGAGGAGAGCGGGGACGUGAGUUGGGUGGAGGUGACCAUAGAGGAUGACUAUACCACUUCAGACGGCAUGGACAGCUCAACUCGAAUAGUGCCUGAAGUCAAAGUAGAAUAUGAUCCUGAAAGUAUAUCUGGUGAUAACUCUCAUACCUAGACAGGCCUAUCAGUUGUCCCGCUUUUUAGGCCUACUUGCUAACUUGGUGACGAUCUCUGGAGUCCACCGUUACUGAGCCUGGGCUAAACCUUUUGUUUUCCGAAAAAUGAUAUCUGGCGAGUUUUGACUUGGGAAUCAAAACGUCUUGGUGCGGUCCCAGCGAAGAGGAGACUACGCUCUGUGGUGUUGCAACAGAUUCAAUGGUGCCAAAGUCCUGUAAGGGGCUUUUUCGAAAAGAGCCCUUGUAUAUAGGUUUUCUCCCUCGUCCUACUUGCUUGCCUUCUGUUUGUACAUGCACUGGGAAAUUAUAAUGCCCUAAUUAAUUGGGGAACGUUUUUGCUGCCUUUCCCAGCUCGUGUGUGAUAAGCUACAU